AUGUCACACGGGCGGGCCCUGGACAGAGCUCUGGGCCACGAUCUUUACCCAAGGGCACCCAUUGGUGCCCCCAGUGCCCACAGGACUAGGGGGAUCCAGGCAUCCCCUGAGCAGAGCAGCGUGUGCAGGGGAUACGAGCGCCAAGGAGGUGGCAUUUCUGGCAGCUCUGCCCCGGCAUUGCGGGGACAGCCGGGGGACUGUGGUGACAGGGAGGCAGAGAGCGAGUCCCCGGCCACCAGCCAGGACACCUCUGCCCACGGUCACCCCGCGUGGGCUCAGCGCCGAGCCCAGGGCGGGACGGAGGCACCGUGUGCGGCAGCUCCGCAGCUCGGAGCCGGUCCCUGCACGGGACACGCGGGAGGAACCACCCGGGGCCCCGCACAGGACAGCCGGGGGACUGUGGUGACAGGGAGGCAGAGAGCGAGUCCCCGGCCACCAGCCAGGACACCUCUGCCCACGGUCACCCCGCGUGGGCUCAGCGCCGAGCCCAGGGCGGGACGGAGGCACCGUGUGCGGCAGCUCCGCAGCUCGGAGCCGGUCCCUGCACGGGACACCCUGGCCCCCUACCACCGCCGCGUGUGCCUCAUCCAGGACAUGCUGCUGCCCUCCAAGCAGGGCCGCCAGGAGGAGGCCACGGAGCUGCUGAGGCACCUGCGCCAGGAUUUAGGGAUGGAAUCGACCUCUCUGGAUGAUGUCCUCUAUCGGUAUGCCAGCUUCCGCAACCUCGUGGAUCCCAUCACCCACGACCUCAUCAUCAGCCUUGCGCGAUACAUCCACUGCCCCAAGCCGGAGGGGGAGGCGCUGGGGGCCAUGGAGAAGCUCUGCCGGCAGCUCACCUACCACCUGAGCCCCCACUCGCAGUGGCGGCGCCACGGCCUCGUCCGCAGGAAGCCCCAGGCCUGCGCGGCGCACGUGGACGCCGUGGAGCUCUGCUUCACCGAUCUCACGGAGGAGAUGCUGCUGCAGCUGCUGCCGGCGCUGGGCGCCCUGCCCCGGCUCACCACGCUCUCCCUCAACGGCAACCGCCUCACCAAGGCCGUGCUGCGCGACCUCACCGAGGCCCUCAAGGACCCCGCCAGGUUCCCCAGCGUCACGUGGAUCGACCUGGGCAACAACGUGGACAUCUUCUCCUUGCCGCAGCCCUUCCUGGUGGGCCUCAAGAAGCGCUGCCCCAAGCAAGGCAACCUGCCCACCAUCUUGGAGUUCGCCGAGGGCCAGCCCGGCGAGCCCGAGGGACCAGAGGGCUCCGCCGAGAGCCAUGAGGAGCCACAAGGGCUCGACCGCCUUGACUUGCGGCCCAUGGAGCCGGCGAUGCUGGGGCAGGAGGCUGUGGCCGCACAGACGUGA